AUGUAUCCAUCACUUAUACUGACCGCCAUCUUUUUUCAAUGCCGUCAUGUCGCUAGUCUUCGAAUUGCAAGCUCUCUCUUGUGGAUCGAGCACACACCUCAAUCCUACGCCAUCGAAAACUUUUACAAUGGAAGCACACCUCCGACGCUGUUGUCUGGCGGUGUAGCUGACCUCGCCUCAAACGUAACUUUCGAUCUCGGCGCCAACGCAGAAACACAGGGUCUCAAACAGUACGCCAAUCAUCGCGACAUUCGCCUGAUCUAUAUCAUCUGCGAAGUCCCGUACCGCCUUGUUGCCGACAAGCGAAAAGGUAUCGCUAAACUUGAAGAUCUGAAGGGCAAGAAGAUUGGCGCAUUCCCGGUAUCGAGCGCAACAGUGUUCGUCCACAAUAUGAUGAGUAGUGUUGGCGUGCAGGAUUACGAAUACGAGAGAUACGAGACUGUCGACGCGAUGUUUUGUAUGAAGGCUCCGUGCAAAGACAGCGAACUUCCGAACCUGCUCAAUAACGGUAGCCUGGAUGCGUACGGAAUGUGGGAAACAUCUGUCGAGCUCGGCGCUAUGGCUCUGGGAGACAACGCGAUAACCUCUCAAAACGCAUCAAUAUACAGAGAAGUUUAUGCGCUAUACUCUACUACAGAGGCUCUGAACGACCCAUCCAAGCGUCAGGAUAUUGUAGAAUUUGUGAGGGCGCUCGAGAAGACGCUGGACGUGUUCACGCAUCACCCAAAAGAGAAUAAGGUAUUCGACUUUGUGGCUAAGGCCGUUGGUGCAGAUGCGGAAGUUGUAGAGGCUGUUUGGGAUGAUCAUAAGUGGGGUGGACGUUGGGAUGAUCGACUGAUAGACUUUUUGGUAGAAGAAGACAAGUAUCUGGCAGAACAAGACAAUAGGACGGUCACCCCAAGGACGGAGUUGGAGAAGUUUCUGGACUUGAGUAUCAUUGAUGAGUUGUAA